GCCUUGUAGGAGAGUCCCUCCUGAUCUGGACAAUGUUCCUUUCCUAGGGAGCUCCCAGCAACAGAGGGCAUGACCCAACAGUGAGGUCACAGAGCCCAGCAGUGCCCUCUGGUAAGAGAGCCCCGAGACCCAGAAUGAACUUUGACCAGAAGGCUGUGAAAUUCCUGGCAAAUUUUUACAUCAAUGGAGGCAAACACUGGACCCGGGGUCCCCUGAGUCAGCAACCUCUUCAUCCCACCCAGCCCGAGGCUGCUGUGCUGUGGUGGGACGAGGAGCUUGAGGCAGCCUGGAACGAGAUGUGGCCCCCAAAGACAAAGAGGGCCCCAAGUGGCUUCAGGUCAAAAAUGCCCACCCCUAAAGAGUCCACAUCUACCUGUGCAGAGACCCUGAGGGAUCUGUUGCAAGAGCGACGCCCUCCGAUCCUGACUGACCUGGAUGUCCCUGGCCCCACCAAGUAUGAAGUGCCCAGUGCGUCUCUUCGAGAGUCCUCUCCACAUCCCCAAUACACCAUGGGCCACAAGUAUCCUGGUCGAGAGGGUGGUGGCCGUAGGGCAUGGCAGACCUUGUGGCUCCAAAGUGAAAGCCCCUUCACGCAGAAGACCGACUUCAACCGAGAGCGAAAGUGGCCAUCGCCCGCCGAGUACAGGCCGCUGAGCCAGCCUGCCUUCCCGGCCUUCACCUUUGGAGGCCGACGCCGCUCUGUUGUCAAGAUCCCCAGGGAUUUACGCCCAGGGAUGCUACGAGCCCGAGGUCCUAGUACCUAUACCCCUCUCUUGGCUACUUCACGGCCCUCUGGCGAGAAGCGACCCAGCCCCAACACCUAUAACAUCCUUCCUGGGUACCGUCUGCAGAGUACACGCCCACCUGCCUUCUCCAUGAGUCGCUCCCCUGCGGCUGUCUCCUGGGUCAGCCCCUCCCGAACCCCAGGUCCGGCAGCCUACUACGUAGAAGACUGCUACAACUCACGCUUCCCAUCUCCGCCUGGAGUGGUCAUCCAGGGAGUCCGCAGACCCAAGCGUCACGACACAGGCCCCUUCUGCACACUGUAGGCCCAUCGGGUAUAGAUUGCAAAGCUGACCUCCCUUGAAGU